AUGGGUACAAGGUCUAUUUCUUUGGAUUCUCCUGAUUCCCUUUAUGAAAGGAAUCUUAUGGAUGAUACAGAUAAGGUUAACCGAAGUGAGGAAAGAGUCCUGAAUCUUCACGAGUCAAAUGAGGUGGUAGACCAGGCCUCAAGUCCAUUAAAAAGAGAAGUAGUUAACAGGUUAUCUUAUUCUUUCUCAAUGAAGUCUCAUGAGAAUGAUGAAAUUGACUUGGAAGAUGGCAAGAUGGAAAAAGAUAAAGAUAAACCAAUACGUAGUAAAGGUGUAGUUAGAAUACAGAAUCAAGCCUUAUUAUCUGGCCUUGCAUAUUGCAUUUCCUCCUGUAGUAUGAUACUGGUCAACAAAUUUGUGCUUUCCAGCUAUGAUUUUAAUGCUGGGAUAUCUUUGAUGCUUUACCAGAAUUUCAUCUCGGUGAUUGUUGUGUCAACGUUGAGUUUUCUGGGUGUAAUAUCAACAGAACCACUAACUUGGAGAUUGAUUAAGGUCUGGUUACCUGUGAAUUUUAUAUUUGUCGGGAUGCUCAUUACAAGCAUGUUUAGAUCUGGGAUUCGAGAAUUACAUGCUGGUUCUGUAUCUGAAAGCGGUUCUGUGGUGGUUCCUUGGGUUGCAUGCUUGUUACUAAAUUGUCUGGAGGGAACAAUAUGGACGCUUGCAACAAUAUUUGAUGAAUCUGGCAUGUUGAUUCAGUGUUUGAAAUACAUCAAUGUUGCCAUGGUCACAGUUCUCAAGAAUGUCACCAAUGUCAUUACUGCACUUGGUGAAAUGUAUUUGUUCCAGAAGGACCAUGACAGUAGAGUAUGGGCUGCUCUGUUCUUAAUGAUUAUAUCAGCCAUUUCUGGAGGGAUCACUGAUCUUUCUUUCCAUGCUGUUGGCUAUGCAUGGCAGAUCUUAAACUGUUUCCUAACAGCAUCUUAUUCGCUGACUCUACGCAGGGUCAUGGAUACAGCUAAGCAAGUCACGAAAUCUGGAAACUUGAAUGAGUUUUCAAUGGUCAUGCUAAACAAUACCCUUUCUUUGCCUCUGGGGCUUAUUCUUAUUUUUGUUUUCAAUGAAGUUGACUAUCUGUCCAGAACCCCACUUUUGAGGUUACCAAACUUUUGGUUGGUUGUGACGCUUAGUGGAUUUUUGGGUCUGGCAAUCAGCUUCACUUCUAUGUGGUUUCUUCAUCAAACUGGGGCUACCACAUACAGUCUUGUGGGGUCACUGAACAAGAUUCCACUCUCUAUCGCUGGCGUCCUUUUGUUCCACGUGCCCACCAGUUUGCAAAAUUCAGCAAGCAUUUUGUUUGGUAACAUUUCUUCAUUUAGCUCACUUAAGAAUACGAAAUGCACAAGCACUCGAGCAUGCACGCCCGUCACAGCUACUGAAGGGUGUAGAUGUAUUGGCAUUCUUGAACAAUGUGGAGCUAACAAAAAUAAUUAUAUGUGUAGGUCUUCUGGCAGGAGUAAUUUUUGCUAG